CCAACAAUAUACAAACAAACAACGAGCAAGAGCUUUAAAAAAAAUUUAUAUAUAUUACAAAUUGGAAAAAUACUGAUUUGAUUAUCGUUGUAUAUGAUCGUUAUUUAUAGUGAUAACAAAUAAAUAAACUUUAUGCUUACAUUUUCACUAUCGACGACGAAUUAAUCAAUCAACGCCUCAAUGCUUCAUCAUUGUAAUCGUUCAAUCAUCUAGUGAAAUAGAACGGCAUCAACAAAAAAAAUUUUGACCAUAUAUUGAUAUACUCGAAUUAUAACAUUAACAAAAUGAACAUCCGUAAAGUGAAAGGAAAUUUUGAUCGAAUUUUCGACAAAACAUUAACCGAUCUUGUCCGUGGUAUUCGUAAUAACAAAGAAAAUGAGACAAAAUACAUUCAACAAUGUAUUGAAGAAAUUAAAGAAGAAUUACGACAUGAUAGUCUUUUUAUUAAAGCUAAUGCAAUUUCCAAAUUGACUUAUCUACAAAUGUUAGGUUAUGAUAUAAGCUGGUCGGCUUUCAACAUCAUCGAAGUGAUGAGUUCGACAAAAUUUUCACACAAAAGAAUCGGUUACCUAGCUGCAUCGCAAUCAUUUCAUGAGAAUACCGAAGUGAUGAUGUUGACGACAAACAUGAUCCGUAAGGAUUUAAAUUCACAAAACAUGUACGAUGCUGGAUGUGCAAUGAGUGGCCUAGCAUGUUUUGUCACUGCCGACAUAAGCCGAGAUUUAGCCAAUGAUGUGAUGACAUUGUUGAGUUCAACAAAACCAUAUCUACGUAAAAAAGCAAUAUUGUUGAUGUAUAAAAUUUUUCUCAAAUUUCCUGAGGCACUUAAACCAGCAUUCCCAAGAUUGAAGGAAAAAUUAGAGGAUCCCGAUCCAGGUGUUCAAUCAGCAGCUGUCAAUGUUAUCUGUGAGCUUGCAAGAAAAAAUCCAAAAAAUUAUCUUUCAUUGGCACCUGUAUUUUUCAAAUUAAUGACCAAUUCAACAAACAACUGGAUGCUCAUCAAAAUCAUCAAAUUGUUCGGUGCACUUACACCACUUGAACCUAGACUAGGAAAAAAAUUAAUAGAACCUUUAACGAAUUUGAUACACAGCACAUCGGCCAUGUCAUUAUUAUAUGAAUGCAUCAAUACUGUGAUUGCCGUUUUGAUUUCAAUCUCAUCUGGUCUGCCCAAUCACAAUGCAUCCAUACAAUUGUGUGUACAAAAAUUGCGAAUAUUAAUUGAAGAUUCGGAUCAAAAUCUUAAAUAUCUUGGAUUAUUGGCUAUGAAUAAGAUAUUGAAAACUCAUCCAAAAAGUGUACAAAGUCAUAAAGAUUUGGUACUCGCAUGUUUGGAUGAUAAAGAUGAAUCGAUUCGUCUUCGUGCACUCGAUCUUCUUUACGGUAUGGUUACCAAAAAGAAUUUAAUGGAAAUCGUACAGAAAUUGGUCAAAAAUGUUACCGAAGGUCAGAUUGGGAAUAAAUUUCGUGAUGAAUUAAUCCUCAAAUUGAUUGAAAUUUGUUCACAAAGCGAUUAUCAAUUUAUUGUCAAUUUUGAAUGGUAUUUAAGUGUUUUGAUUGAUCUGGCACGUGUCGAUGGUGGCACCAUUCAUGGUGUUUUGAUUGCACAGCAAAUAUUAGAUGUCUCUAUUCGUGUAGAUGCUAUUCGGUCGUUUGCAACCGAACAAAUGUUCAUUUUAUUGGAAAAUUCUUCUCUAUUCAUGAAUAAUUCCUCAGUCUGUGAAGUGCUAUAUGCAGCUGCCUGGAUAUGUGGUGAAUUUGCCGAUUAUUUGCCUGACAAAGAAAAAACAAUUCGAAAUUUGUUAUCCAUUGAUAAUUUUCAGCCACAUAUCAUAGCAGUUUUUAUUCAAAAUGCAUCUAAAAUAUUUUCCAAACUAGCAGCUGAUCCGAAUUGUAAUUCGACCAAAACAUACAAUCUUUGUUCCGAAAUUGAAGAACUAAUUAAACCGUAUUAAAAUCAAAAUUUGGAAAUACAAGAACGCGCAACAACAUUAUCCGAAAUAAUAGCUAUCGUUAAAUCAAUGAAAAAUGAAAAUAUCGGUAAACAGGCGAAUUUAUUGAUGAAUGAUUCGAACGAACAUUCAGAGGAAAUGGCUAAUGGUGAAACGAAUGGCAAUGAAUCUAAUGUGAUGAUUGAUCUACAAUCAUUUUAUUAUGCUUAUCCAUUGAAUCCGGUUGCUGCAAAAGCACAACGUAAAGUUCCAAUACCAGUCGGUUUAGAUUUGGAUACACUAUUCGAUUUGCCUGAAAGUGAAUAUGAAUCUGAUGAUUACAAUGAUGAUUAUGAAAAAGUUAUUCAUUUAGUUGAUGAUGAACAAGAUGGUGUAGAAUCGUCAGAUGAAUCGGAUAAAAGACACCAGAAGAAUAAUGACAAUGAACAAUCGAGAAGAUUUGAACAGGAAAAUAAUCCAAAUUAUUUAAGGACAACAAAAUCGAAGCAAACAAUUAAAAAAUCUAAACGAAAAUCGAAUAAACAUGAUGAGAAUUUGAAUGAAAACGUUCGAGGACGCAGACGAAAAUGAAACUACUUGCAUGAAUCAUCUUCAGCCAAACAAAAAGCUCUUAUUCCUGGAUUAACCUCAUCAGAAAAAUAUUUAAUCAAAAUGAAAAAGACGGAUAAUGUGAAAAAAGAUGAUGGUAAAUCUAAAAAGAAAACACCAAAGAAAAAGAAUACAAAAAUAAAUGUCAUUGAAGAUAAUGAAGAUGAUGAAGAGAUUGACAAUAAAAUUUCAAUUCGAGCAUUAGAAAUGCCCGAAGGUGUCGAUCUGAAUGACAAUGAUGAAGAGGAAGAAGACUCCUUUAAAUCAACAUCUGAUCCACAUAAAGCUUUAGCCAAAGUGAAUCUAGAUGAUGUGAUUAAUGAUUUGAAUAAAAUGCGAAACAAAAAAUCGGAUUUGAAAAUCAUUGAAUCGACGGAAAAAGCUAGUAAAAAGAAAAAAUCAAGCAAAAAAUCUGUCAAAACUUCUGUGGUUGAUGAUUUGAUAACCGGAAAGAAAGUGGUUAAAGUAGCUAAAGCUAAAAAAACUAAUAAAAAGAAUGACGAUUCGAGCAAUAAAGUGAACGAUAGCCCAGUCAAGAUGAAGCCAAAAAAAUCUAAUAAAACAAAGAAAACAGAAGAUUCGAAAAAUCGUGAUGAAUACGAAGAAACGUUGGACAAAAUUUAACAGAGAUGAAUUAUUUCCAAUAAUGAUAUAUUGAAUUGUAAAUAUUAAUCAUCCAUAUUUUUUAUUUAUAUUUAUUGCUACUAUUUUUAUUCAUUCACAAAAUGUGAGUCCAUUUCGAUGAGAUCUGGAUAUAAGUUUGUAAUCAUUUGUUUGAUUUUUUGUUGUUUCGGCGUUGUCGAUUUGUCCGGAGUUCUUGAUCGUGCACAUCUGUUCAAAAUGGUAUUGCUAUGUAUAGAAGGUUUGAAAGUAAAAAAAAAGUAAUUAAUAAAUCAAAAAUUCCAACUAUUAA